AUGGCCUCUGAUGGGUCUCCAGUCAGAGAUGCUCGAGAGAAGCAGCAGCAGCAGAAGAAGAAGAAGAAAGCGGAGCGGAGCGGGACGGACAGAGCUGAUGUGGAGGAGACCGACGCUCAGCUGGAGAUCCAGAGACUGACCGCAGCUGGACAUGCAGCUCUGCAGAGCGGACACAAUAACGCAGCGCUGCAGAGCUUCAGGAGCGCGUUAAAGGCUGCCACUAAGCUCAGAGAGAAGAGACUGCAGCGGACGUGUGCGUUUAAUCUGGGCGCGGCGUACGUGGAGGCGGGCGAGCCUCAGAAGGGGCUGGAUGUCCUGUCGCGCACACAGCCGGGCGAGAGAGGCGAGCGGAUCGCAGACAUGCAGUUUAACCUGGCCACGGCCCACGAGGCUCUGGGGGACCGAACGCAGGCGGCGCGACACUAUCUGCAGGCCGCGCAGCUGUACCGCUCGCAGGGAGACGCCGGCGCCGAGGGAGACACGUGCGUCAGGCUCGCACACUGCCACCUGCUGAGACAGGAGUGGGACGAGGCUGCAGCGAGUUUCCAGCGAGCCGCCGAGAGUUAUAAAGUAACGGGAAACGUGUCUGCAGCUGCGCUGGCACUGAAGCAUGCUGGGAAACACAUGCUGCAGAGCGGCCGCAGCUCCAGCGAGGACAUCAUCAGCGUGCUGACCGACAGCCUGGAGAUGAGCGCGAACAUAAGCGAUGCGGAGACGCUGGGGAAGCUGCUGAGCGACGUGGCUCUGAGUUUCUCUCAGAUGAGGCUGUUCUCCGAGGCGGCGGAGUGUUACGAGCAGGCGCUUCCUCUGGUCUCCUCCAAACCUCGCAGACUGGCUGUGGUUCUGCAGAAUCUGGGCGCCGUCUAUAACGCUCUGGGUCAGUACCGGCAGUCCCUGAGAUUCCACCGAGACGCAGCGGCGCUCCACGGCUCUCUGGGCAGUCGUGGAGCUCAGGGUCGCUGCUUCAGUAAUCUGGGUUUUGCUCUGGUGGAGCUGGGAGAGCUGGAGGAGGCGUGGGAGAGUUACCUACACGCACAGCAGGCCUUCAGAGACGCUGACGACCCGUCGGGUCAGUGGCAGGCCUGUGAGGGUCUCGGUGGGAUCAGAAUACAGAUGAGGGACCCGGAUAAAGCUGCCAUGUACUAUAAAGAUGCCCUUCGACUGCUGUGCAAAUGCCAGGACGUGUCUGGUUCAGUGCAGGAGCGUCUGGUCAGUGAACUGAGUGAAGCGUUACAGCAGAAGCUGCUCCUACAGCAGGACGACGGCUGUGAGGACAGAUGUCCAGCAGUGGAGGAGAGAGAUGCCAAACGGAGAGAACGCACCCCGUAA